UGCAUCCAUAAUUCCAUAUAUCCACUGACGACACACACGUAUGCGUGCCGCCGCGGCUGUAUUGAUAACGGCUGAGACAAGAGACCAAACGAUGAGGGGAUGCCACGGAAACCCAAACAUAUUCCGCUCAAAUUGCAGUCAUACACUUGGCCGCAAAACGCGGUGCGUGUUUUUUUGCGGCGAUCAUUUCCAGCUUGAACUCAUCAAUCUGUACUUCUUGCGCGUGGCGCAUUUCCAGCGUCUUGGUCGUCUUGGGUUUGUUUUUUUGCGGCCGGUGAUUGUACAGCCGCGAUAUGCGAUAUCAGUGACGAUGUGUUGGGCUAUUUCCGGCAAUCUUCAUCAUAAUUGCUAUGUUUAGCUGUGAAAAUGUUUGGAUGAUUCGUGUUUGCUGUGAAUCAUUUUCUCCAUGAAUCGUAGACGCUGACAGAAAUAUUACUAAGAUUUUAUCCGUAUUUUCCUUUGUUCUGUACCGCGCAGCAAAUUGGCCAAUCUGGACACUGCAAUCGAAAACAUCUAAAUGCAAUUAAAAAAUUUUAGCAUGUCUUUUUAAGAAGUUUUUACUUUGCUGUACGCUUGCCUUUUCUACAAAAGUGGAUCACGAUUAAUUCGGUUUAUGUACGAGUAAGUAGCCCUGCAAAACUGCAAAGCGCUGAGUUUUUUGCGAGCGUGAAAUUUUCACGCGAACGGCUCACCAUUGCGGUCGCUCUUAACAUUCUGUGGCGAGCGCCAAGCUGUUGAUUCGGCAAUCGGCACACUGACAGUGCGCCCGCUCAGAAUCCGGAUUUCUUCCGGAUAUCCAAUUAGUCCGCUGCAACCCGUAUGACUCACGGAUGUCGCAGCGCUUGCCCAACCAGGCUGUAUUUAAAUCAUCAGCGUGUCGGUCGUGGCGGAUAAUUAGCCAAACGCCAUUCUGCAUGAUCGUUGCACCGGGAGUUACAUAUAUGCAGACGGCGCGUGUGCAUGAUCCUCCCAAUCGGAACUAAUGUGAUUUGCUCUGAUUAGCCGCAGAUCUAAUAAUAAUGGCCAAAAACGGCAAGAAUCUCAUGGCGGCCGUGGAGUACGAUUCCUCGCGCGACAGCCCGCCGCAUCUGAUUGUCAACGACGACGAAUUUCAUGAGCAACCGAAAUCCCGCAGUCGCAAGUGUCUGCGCAUGUUCUUUAAAUUUCUCCUGUCUCACGUGGGAUUGACGGUGCUGGUGCUGGCGUACACCGUCGGCGGGGCGCUGGUCUUCAUCUCCAUCGAGGAGAAUAAGUGGCUGCAGGCGCAGAAUGCCAAAGUGGAUGUCAAUAUCCCGGAGGAACCGGAGCCGUUGUAUCCCGAACAGAUGGCCUUUAAUGCUAAAUUCUGGAAGGCCAACUGGAUGGAUGAUAAAGAAGACUGGCAACCGGGAAAUUAUGAGAACAUUAAACUAAUCGAAAUCCAGCUGCAAGAACACAUACUCAGAGAAAUUGUGGCGAUUGCAAAACGAUAUUACGUUAACCAAACCAUGCGCAUGAUGCGACUGGAAAGCAAUAAGGUGAAUGCACCGAAAUGGGACUUUCCAAAUGCCUUCCUUGCCCUGAGCAUCAUAACGACAAUAGGUUAUGGUCAUGUAUAUCCUUUUACAUGGGAAGGCAAAUUAGCCACCAUUCUGUACGCCAUCAUCGGUAUCCCCAUCAUGCUGGCCUUCCUGGCUAACAUCGGUAGUCUGAUGGCCAAAGGACUCCGCUUGAUCUUCGACCACUUAAUUCUCAUGAAAUGCUGCCGCAGUCUGUACAAACGCCGGCAAGCCCGCCUGCAGUCCAUGCAAGCCGGGGGUGGCAAGGGCAAGGAGAACACCUCCGGACCACCAAGUGUCGCCGGGGGGUCCUCUCCGGCGCCUAUCCGAGUGCAAAAGCAGUCGCUGAUCGUGGAUGACGGCACGUCGGUGGGAGUGCGCUCGCUGAAGGCCUAUGGGUAUCAACCGGAGGAGUUAUUGGUCAUACGGGAGGAGAAGAAGCAGGAUAAGUCGGUGCCGGUGCUAAUGUGCGUUGCCGUGAUGGCGGCAUACCUGUUUGGCGGUGCGGUGCUAUUCUGGUUAUGGGAAAAAGACUGGACACUGUGGGAUUCAUUGUACUUCUGCUUUAUCACCCUGUCAACCAUCGGCCUGGGCGACUUCGUGCCGGGUGAAGCGCUGAGUAAAGCUAAAGGCGGGAUUCAUUUCCAGCCGGUUAUCUGCUGUUUCUACAUUCUCCUAGGACUGGCCCUGCUGGCAUCCUGCUUCAACUUGCUGCAUGAUUCAGCCAGGAAGGGCUUCCGGGUUGUAGGGAAAAAGAUGGGAUUGGUCAAGAAAAAACCCCGAAGUCGGCGAACGUCCAACGCGGCCGUCGUGUGAUCUGCAUCUCUGGAAUACGAUUUCUUCGGUUUGCAUGCAAUGUAUUAAAACUGCCUCUGUGUUAUUGUGUCUGUGUAAUAACUACAGAUUUGACGUUAUCAUUAAGCUGUUUAUUUGGUAAAUUGUGAUGGAUGGUAGAGCAACGAUUUUAUAAAAGUUUAUAUAAUUAGAAUAUACGCAAAAAUGAGAUUUUAAUGGCUGUUUAUAAAAUGGAUCUUACUAAAUGAUUAAAAUUGAUGA